AUUGCAUUUCAUAUAUUAAUAAUUGAAUUGAAUUUCAAACAAAUAAAAGACAAUAAUUUAUAUGAAUUUAUUUGUUUAAUGAGUUAAUCGAUUGCAUCAAAUCCAACAUCAAAUCCAACAUCACAUCCAAUAAAGUGUUUGACAGUCAGUGACAGAUGUCUGUGACCAACAACUAUCCGAUGACUUGUUGUCCUAUAUGUAUGUCACGGCCAGUGUUUGCCAUUCGGCUGUCUUGUGACCACUUGUUCUGCUAUUUAUGUGUCAAAGGAGUUGUUACUAAUGGCAACAAUCGGUGUCCACUUUGCCGAAGAGAUAUAGACAGGGAUGACAUAAUACGACCGAACUUUGUUAGCGAUGUCCGCAACAGUGACCGACCGUCCGAUUUCUUUAGGUCUCAUCAGUGGUUUUAUGAGGGAAGACGAGGAACUGGUUAUUGGGCUUACGAUCACUUUAAUGGCCAACUUCUGGAACAGGCGUACACCACUGCCGACAGAAAAUUAUGUGAAAUAAUGAUCUCAGGAGUGGUUUAUUGUGUAGACUUUGUCCGUCAAAUUCAGUACCAAAAAGACAAUAUUUCACGCAAGAGAAGAAUCAAAAGAGAUCUAUUGUCUAACAUUGAGUCCACUGAUGGCGUCAAAGGAAUAGCUGGUGUUUCCAAGUAUUUGAUUCGUGAACUCUUCACUGACGACCAAAACUCUUCGACUACUUCGCAAACGACUGCCAAUGCCGACACUUCUGGUCAACAAAGAAACCAAAACAAUGAAGAUUUAGAUAACGAAGACACUGGCGAAAGGGUCUGCAAACGGAUUAAAGUGGAGAUCAAAGAAGAGCCGGCAGACUCUACCACUGAUGACUAGAUUUUGUUCAUUAAUUCAUUAUUUUUAGUAAUAUUCUAACAUUUGUUAUAAUACAGUAUUAUUUUAAUAAUAAAUAUAAUAUAUAUAUAUAUAUAAACAAAUGUACGGUAAUGUUAAUUCAUAAUUCAAAUAAAUAAGA